CGGGGAGGUCUCAGAGGUAUGGAUUCCAGGUAGGUGCCGGGUCACUAUGUGGACCUGACGGAGCAACCAAUUGGUGAUUUUAUUGCUACUGAUUCCAACUUUUCCCCCCAUCUACCGCCCACUGUCCACUAUCCAUCGUCCACCAUUCACCUUCCACAUCACACAGACACAUAUCUUUUCUCCACUCCCACGCAAACGUUUCUCCUUCACGUUUCUUCACCUAUCUCACUUUCCAAUUUUUUCAUUCCAAUAAGGACAUUGAUGUGAUAGUCAAAAAAGUCCUUUUCAAACUCCCUCCUAUUCCUCUCCUCCUUCUCCUUCCCUAUUUCGGGUGUUUGCAAACUCCUUUUGAUUUGGUUCAUAAAGGGUAAAUGCAGCAUUCUCCGAAUUAGGCCUCUCCUUAUCAUCUCUACACGUCUCGCUCUCUCUCUCCGCUACCGCCUUUGUGUCCAACCUAUACCUUGAAUGGUUGCUAUCGAAACAACGAAACACAAAAACAUACAUCGUCCAAAUAUCGUGGAUCUAUACAAUUAAAACGCAAAUAUGUCCGCAGAUACAGAUACUAAUACAUCUCGUCCAAAUGGCGACGUUGUAGAGACUGACUACGACCACGUUCCUUCAACUCCCCCUGAUGCUACCGGUACCCGUCAUUUAUCGCAACAAUCUAUUCCCUCGACCGAAGGACCGAAUUCACCUAUCGACCCAUCUACUUCAUUCAAGAUCGAAUUAAACGAUGAUCGUAACUCAUCUUCCCAGGUCAUUCCUUCAUCUUUGACACCGCCUCCCUCGUCCCAGGUUCCCCAGACCAACGGUGCCGCUGGAUUGCCACUUGGUUAUGUUAGUUCUCAAAGGGCUAACAUAUUCUCUCCCCCUGCUUCGGCACUUCGAACCCUCGCACGAGAUGGUAAUUCCGCGUCGGAUUUUAUCGUCCCAACAUCGGACCAAAUUACGGAUGCCUCCGCGGAAGACCUUCGUACUAUGGUUCAAGCAUGUCUCGCUGAAAACGCGAGAUUAAAAAUGGAGACGGCUCAUCAUAAGUUGCAGUACAAUUUGCUGAGCAUGCAAGCUGACGAAGAUGCCAAAAGGGCUGCGGUAGAGCAUGACAUGACUCGCCGAGAAGUGGAAGUAUUACGUAUGACGGAGAAUUCCCGUCAAGCUCGAAGAGAACUUAAUGCCGCUACCGAGUCAACCCAAGUCAAAUAUCGCGAACUACAGGCACAAUAUGAAAUUGUUUUGAAGGAAAACGAGGCGCUUCAAAAGCGUGUCAAGUCUGCUACCAAACUUAUUCAACAACAGAGCGAAGAGCGCGAUAGCUUAAUCGACGAACGUGAUAUGCUCCUUAAUCGUAUUCGCGAAAACCGAGAACAUUUUCAUAUGCUCUGCAGCCCUGGCGGAGCAUUUCACGGGGCCUUAACACCCAAAACCCCUGCAGCUACUUCACCUCAGCAGUAUCGAGCCACUCCACGACAAACCCCCAAAUCCACCGUUCAUCGAGACGUUCGGCAUGAGAAUGACUCUAACCAAGCCGGAUUUGCUGCUCUCCUUCAAGCUCUAAGCCACGAUAAUAGUGCACCGUCGACACCCGUAGCAGCUAAUCGUCCUGCGUUACGAGUUCCCCCGAGACAUACUCGUGGCGUGCAAUCCUUAUCUUCCCUCCCUACCACACCAACUUCGCGUGCUCGUGGAGAGUAUUCGACUUUGCUCCCAUCCGUCGACCUAGUCCCCCAAACCGAACCUCGAUACGUUAACACUCGAUACCCCCCAGAGCAACCGGUCCAGAAGAAGGGACGUCAAAGUAGAGAAAGUACCAUAUCUGCCGACGACAACAAUGAAGAACUAGCUCGUGCGGCUCUCGAGUCGGUCGCAGCCGCUACGCAAUCAUACAUGUCUCAAGGAUCGCGAAGCUCCCGACGAAGAGAAGAGGACGAGGAAAUUUUUGAGAGUCAGGCUAGCCAAGCAGCAUCCGAAAUGUUGCGCCGUGACCCCCGCGAGAGCUUCGAAGUUGCUAGUUCUGUAGGAUCCCGGGAUGGUACACCAGCUCCUGCCGAGAAGUCGGCCAAAUUGCAAUCAAAACUCUUUGCUGGUUUGAAUAAGGUCGGGUUGGCAUCAGAGAAGCGUAAGUUGAGCGGUAUUGCAGAUAACAACGACAGCCGACGAGAAGCUCUUUUGAGUCCAGCGAAGAAGAUGAGAUAUGGAAGCGGAGGCGAUGCUAGCAGUCGCGUUGGACUGGGGAUUCGCUAUAGUCAAGAAGCUUAGAUGGCAAGUCAUGAUGAUAUCGUGAAUAAUUGGAAGAACAGACUGUUAGCUCGACUUCGAUCAUAGGUAUGAUUCGGGUUUUUGGGACUGACGAUAACGCCGUGAAGAAUGGAUGGAUGAUAUGUGUAUUUAUACCCCUUAUUAUCACGGUGUUUUGGGUUUGGUUUCACUCAAGGCCUAUUGCUUCUAUGGGAAUUACAUAUCUAUGGGACAUUUAGGUACGUAUGAUGAGCUUCCUAGCGAUAGGGAUUUUGAAGGUGUUAGCUUGUGUAAUGGGCAAAUGAUUAUGGUUGCUCUACAUGAUGCUAUCCUAGAUAUGAAUUUAUGAUAUUUGGAAUAUAUAAUUAGUAGUCUAGCUGCUUAUAUAUGCUCACAUCAUGUAUGUUUCUGUUUAUAUUGUGUUCUAUUUAGUGAC